UUUAAGUGUGGCUUAAGUGUCCAAAACCUUUUUGGGGCCACUGUAUAUUCCUUUUCUAAAACACAAGUGUUGUUUGUUUGACAGAUUUUAAUUGCCCCACCUAAAGGCAAUUUGGUCACUGUACUUUGGGGAGUCCCAUACAUUAUAGAAGGGAUUUUUGAGGCAUUUGACUCAUGGGGCUUAAUAUUAUAAGUCUACUUUAAAGGAAUUUUCCUUGUAAUCUGCACUCCCUCUUACAUAACCACAGGGAGAACUCAUAGGAGGAAUGGGUACUUUCAUUGUGCAUGUGCAAAAAAUAAGGAAUAUGCUUCUCUACUAAAGAUUGUUCGUUGAUCCCUGUUAGCCUUUAAAAUCUGCUGACAGAUCAGCCAGAGUAUUGCAUUUAUUCUUCACUGUUAGGAUACUGAUCAACCUGAAAACUAGGUAAUGAACACACUGGUCAGAGCUGUGUCCAGGGAUCUAGUGGUUGCAUGUGUCCUUUUACAUACAUGGUGUGGAGAAUGGCCUCUUGUUUAUUUAGUGCUUUAAAGAGCCUUUCAGUUGUCAAAGUCAAUCAGACUUGUUAGUUUUUGGCCCACUGUUCUCGACCAGAAACCCUUAGGCAAAGAGUUAAAAAGAGCCCCCUGGCUUUCCAUGUGAAUUCCUUUCACAGACGUUUUCUUUUUUUCUUUUUUUCUUCUUCUUUUUCUCUGAACAGUUGGAGUUUUAAAUGCAAGUCGUGAAAUGAUGUGGGCAGUAAGACACCGCUGUUGCACUGACAGUCUGCUUCUGAUCGCACUGAACUACACAAGCUCCGCCUGUGUGAAUGAGACAGGACAGAGAGUCAUCUCACAUGAUAGUGCUUAGAGGCAGCUCUCUUUGGUGGUCUUUGUAGUGGUGGGCUGUCUAUAAACUUACUCUAUUGCACUGUGAAUUUGAAAAAGAAUCACAUGCAGGCUGGAGAGAAGCCCAAGUUUCUAUAAAACUGUGGACAUUCCGCUUCAACCUGGUGUAAUGGCGAGGAUAUUUGCCUUCCUGGGCGGCUCUACUCGCACAUGCAUACUGGUCUUGACCUUUGCCUUCCUGGUGUGUGAGAUUGUGUUUGGCCAAAUCUGCAGAUCCAUCCUCAUCAUAGUGGACAGCUUCCACACACUCUACAUGUUCAUACAUAUGGCUCUGUCUGGAUUAAAGCAUCAGCCAAAAGCCUCUGUCACUAACCCCAUCUUCUCCUCUCCCUGCUUCCCAGAGUCACACAAAUCUGUUCCUCACUCUCCCUUCUCAGCUGGUACCUCCACAACCUCUGGCCCAUCCCUUUCAAACAUCUCCCUACCAGCCGACCCAGCUUCAGACCCAACUGGAGCGCCUAGUCCUCUACCUGAUGGGGAACACUACAGCAGGAUGCGUCUCAAGCCUUUUGGCAUCCUGAUCUCAUCUCUGCUGUUGGCCUCACAGUGUAUCUCCAUUAGUCUGGAGAUUCUCAACCACCUUGUGCAGCCAGAACCCAUUCAACACCUAUUCUUGUCCAUUGUAGUUGGGGCAGCUAGUCUGUUAUUCAAUAUAACAGUAUUGGCCUGGAGAAGCAGAACUAGAGUGAUGCAUAAAGCCAUUGAGGAGUUCAAUAAGUGUCCAGAACUGACAAAAACUGUCCCUCAUUCUGCAGCCGAAGAUAAAGAGAGAGCUCUCGAGGAUGAUGCGUUGAUGUUCUGCAACCCUGAAGCAUCUAGUGUUAUUGAUCCAGAUCAAGGAUAUCAGGACUGCCCUUCUUCAUGCUCUGAGUUGCCAAACCCCCACAUUAUUAAACCAGUUCUUGAGUCCAGUCCAGCUCAUAACUCCAUGCCCUACAUCUGUGAAAGUUCUCAGGAAGUUUUUCAGCCUACAAUCCAACAUCCAGAGGAACCUAUACACUCUACCUGCAUGGAUCCCACUGAUGUGCCUCUACGUAAGAGAUCCAGCUUUGAGAGACUGAAGACUGGCUGUAUCAGACACCUCAUCAGUGUGACCCAAGAGCUUCUGGGUUCAGUCUUCAUUUUGGUUAAUGGUCUUGUUUUCCUGCUCUUCGAACCACAAUGCCAUCGUCCUCACUCACACUGUCAUCUCCUGGUCUAUUUGGAUGCAAUUUUAUCCGUAGUUGUUGUGUUAGUUCUGUUGGCUACUGUCUUGCCCAAGCUCUAUCGCUAUGGAUUGCUUGUUCUCCAGGCAACCCCACUGCAUCUUUGUGUCAGUCAGGUGAGGCUUACUCUUGCUCGUAUUCCAGGUGUGUUGUCGGUCCACGAGCUGCACGUGUGGCAGCUCUCAGAUGCGUGUAUGGUGGCGUCCGUGCAUGUCCACUGCCCAGGAGGAUUGAAAGCAGCAGAGUGCUCAGAUCUAAUGGUGAAGAUCACAGGGGUGCUGAGCACUUUUGGCAUAAACCACUGCACCGUGCAGCCUGAGUUACUCACCUCAGACAGGAAUGAUGCUGUGGUCAGUGAACAGGUAUCUGUGAAACCUGUUUGCAGCUUGCGCUGUGGGCAGGAGUGUGCUGAGAAGCUCUGCUGCUCUCCACGGGUGGAGAAAUCCUGCUCUCUCCAAAAGGAUGGCUCCACCUCUCCCAAGAAGGGAAGUUCUGACUGUCCCCAGGAGUUGAGUUCCUGCUGUCUCCAGGAGGAAAGCUUGUCUCCUGCGCCCUCUAGUGUUGGCAUGAUUAGAGACAUUGUUAUUGAGAACACAUACCUGUGAUGGAAUCAAUGGGUCAAGAUGGGUAAUAAGCAAUGGCCAGUUAGCUGGAAGAUGCCGUAACUAGACCAUCUGGUUCCAAAGAGCAUCUUUCUCCAUUGUCAGCCAUACUAAAUUAGCUACAUAUUCUGACCAAAUUCAUUUUUUGCAAACAACAUGUAUAUUGCUAAUAUUUAAUUAAAGAAUAAUGGAUGAUUUACCGGUCCACAUUUUUUUUUUUGUGUGUGUUGUUUUUGUUUUUGUUUUUGUUUUUGAAGGGCUUUUUUGCAUUGGAGAAGAAGGCUGCAUCUCUCUUGUUGUUCUGUAAAUACAUGAUGGAUUUCUAUUACUAUAGUGGUCAAACACUGAUCAAGAGCUAAAGUUUAAAACAAAUAUAGAAACAAAAAAAUUAAAGAGCAAAAAGCAGGGGAGAUUCUUACAACUGUUAUCUCAGUCAUCAUGGAGUUAAAAACACUGACCACACAAAAUGUAAUAAACCCCAGAUGCAUCCUUAUGGUUUGAGAGAUUAACAAUAAACUGGAUUUUUUGGACACUUAGAUGCAUCCAUUUCAUCACUAUGUAUCUUAUAAUACUUUUAGCAAUGAAAUGAAAGAAUGAAUUAAUCUACUAAAGCAAAAAUUGGCAGUAAGUUCGCUUUGGUGGUAAAAUCCAAACAAUUUGCCCAAAUAGCAACCACUUGUUUUGAUGUGCUUCAGGAAUAUGAGUGCAGCUGUUCUUCCUGGCCAGUCCAUCCUGCAGUUGUACGUGAUAAGGGAUGUAUUUCCCACAGUCUCUAAAACACAGACUUCAGACUUGCACCAGACAGACAUUAAGCGUUGUUCCUCACUCAU